GUGCUCCCCUCUAACACCAUGGCGACCAUGGACGACGCCGCAGAUCCUUGGGCGCGCAUGGCAGAUGUGUACUCCGAAGUUCGACCUUACAUACCAACCUACACCCACCUCCUCCUCUCCGCGCUUUUCCCCAUCUACGCUGGCGCCCACGCAUCCCUCACUCGCCCCUCCUCCGCCGCCAAACCGACCAAGAAAGAACGUCGAGCGCGCAGGAGAAAGCAACGGUCGGAAUCGGACGACGCGUCUAGCUCAGAAACGGAUUCGGAUUCGGAAGACGAGGACGAGGACCAAGACGACGAGCACAGAAUGGAAGGUCUGGCACCUACAGACGCCAUCAUGAUGCCCUUGUUCGCUGGUCUUACGCUCGCGGGACUGUACUUUCUGAUCAAGUGGCUAGAAGACCCCGUGUUGCUGAACAAAUUCCUGAAUUGGUACUUUGCGCUGUUUGGAGUCUUCUCCGUUUCCAGACUUAUUACGGAUACGCUGGACGUGGGACACUCGCUCAUCUUCCCGCACCGGUACGCUUUGGCGGGUACGCUGUACCAUGUUCAUCAAAAGGAAAAGCGUUCUUUGCCAGUCUCGGGGGUUACAAAAGGGAAGGGCUCUAUAUCCUCGCCUUUGCCGGGGGUUCUGGCAAGAAUACCGCUUACGCAGGGGUUGAGGAAGCUAUUGUGGAAUGACCGAGCGAUGCCCGGCAAAAAAUGGACAUUGCGACUCUAUAUCCACCACAUGUUUUCCGGGAAGAUUUUGAUCGGUCCGCAUGGUAUGGUCGGAGGUCUUGUUGCGAUUCUCGCCGUGGGAUACUUCAAUUUCGUGGAUAAGCCGUGGUACUUGACGAACCUGAUGGGAUUUGGCUUCUCGUAUGGCGCGCUGCAGCUCAUGUCGCCCACAACUUUUGGGACGGGGAGUCUGAUCUUAGGAGCACUGUUCUUUUAUGACAUAUAUUUUGUCUUUUUUACGCCUAUGAUGGUGACGGUCGCCAAAUCACUCGAUGUACCUAUCAAACUCGUGUUCCCACGCCCUCCUCCUGCCGACGACCCCACAGCAAAAGCAGGCCAUGCCAUGCUUGGUCUCGGCGAUGUCGUCCUUCCCGGUAUCAUGAUCGGCCUUGCGCUCCGCUUUGACUUGUUUCUGUUCUAUCUUCGCCGUCAGAAACGUAGAGACUCCGUUACAGCAGCCGAGGAUACGAUCAUUGAGAAGCCACGAUACUUUUCCCUUUCUGGCCGCUGGAGCGAUCAUUUCUGGACUCACUCGCUCAUCACCGGCCGUCCGCUAUUCCAGCCCUCCCCUUCUCCAUCCUCUUCCGUCGAGAACAAGGAGUUGGCGAAAACGGAGGCGCCGUUCACGUUCCCCAAGACCUACUUCAAAGCCGGCCUCGUUGGAUACGUAGCGGGAAUGCUCUGCACUCUAGGCGUCAUGCAUGUAUGGGGCCACGCGCAACCGGCUCUCCUCUACCUCGUCCCCGGUGUGCUGAGCAGUCUGUGGUUGACUGCGCUCGCCAAGGGGGAAUUGGCGAUGAUGUGGGAUUUUAGCGAAGCUUUGGAAGAAGAAGAGGAGGAGCAGAAACUUGAAAGUGGAGAACCGAGCAAAGAUGGGAAUGAGCCUAGCAAGUCUGGAAAGGCGAAGACGCAGCGAUCUAGUUUCUUCUCCUUGUCUGAUGAGAAAGCGCGAGCUCGGGAGGACCAAGCAUUGAAAGUGCUAGGUAGACACGUCCUUGCCGAUAGCGACGAUGAAGACGACAUUUCCAAACGAGGUUCUACAUCUUGCCGCCGGCGAAGCGGCGCAUCAUCCCGCAAGGAAGUGUUAUCGUUGUCUAUUCUCGCGCCGUGGGCUGUGAAGUCCAGUUUGAAGAAUGCGGAGAAGGAGGCAGAUGAGCAGAAGGAUAAAGAUAAACCCAAUUGGGCGCCUUCUUCAAGUGAGACUGAAGCGGCAGUACUGGUGAGUAAUGGCAAGGAGAAUGAGCUGGAGCCUCCUUCGGGGAAGCGUGUCAGACUGAGAAAGUAG